AUGGCACGCAGGGAGUCGCCAGUGGCGUUGAAUGGAACUCAUAUUUCCUACAUUGGACAUGAUUGUAAGGACAUCCCAGCCUUUCUGGGGGACUCUUUUGGAGAUUUUGCAAGGAGGCUGGACUUGAGCUUCAACCAGCUCAGGUCCCUGGCAGGCCUCAAAACAUUCACUGAGCUGGAAGAGCUGGUCGUCGACAACAAUCUACUUGGGAAUGACCUCCGGUUACCCAGGUUACCUAACCUGCACACCUUAACGCUCAAUAAGAACAAACUGACUGAUAUUGAAGCCCUGCUGGAGCACUUGGCUGAAGUCACCCCCUCGCUGGAAUAUCUCAGCUUGCUCGGUAAUGAGGCCUGCCCCAACCAGCUGGUCAGCCUGGAUAAAGACGAGGAUGACUACCAGAGAUACAGAUAUUUUGUUCUACACAAACUGCCACAGCUGAAAUUUCUGGACACCAGAAAAGUUACCAGAAAAGAAUUAAUGGAGGCCCAAGCGAGAGGAGCAUUCAUGAAGGUGGUCAAGCCCAAGUCGGAAACUCCGCCCAACGAAGCUGGAUUUGAGAACCGCCCUCUGCCCUACACGCCUCUACCCCGAGGAUCCAGAGAUGCUAGAAACCACAAAGGCGUCUUCGCCAAAUGUCGCUACGUCUACUACGGCAAGCAUUCCGAAGGCAACAGAUUCAUCCAAAACGACCAGCUUUGA